AUGGAUCAUCCCAGACCUGUAGUAGUCUCCGACUUGAGUCAGCAGGUGUGGCUCCUUCAGGGUCAGACCCUCGUGGUAGUUCCUCGGAGCAACAAUGUGGGGCCAGUCACUGUCACCAUUAUGCCAUGCAAGUAUCCGGAGUCUCUUGACAAAGGCAAAGGGGUUCCUAUUUAUUUGGGAAUAAAGCAACCAGAAAUGUGUCUAUAUUGUGAGGACAUUGGUGGAAACCCCACAUUGCAGUUGAAGAACCAGAAGAUAUUGGAUCUGUACAACCAAGCCGAGCCUGUGAAGCCAUUCCUUUUCUACCAUGAAACGACAGGCAGUACCUCCACAUUUGAGUCUGUGGCCUUUCCUGGAUGGUUCAUUGCCUCUUCCGAGACAAACCAGCCCAUCUUUCUCACUUCUGAGCUGGGGAACAUGUACAAUACUGCCUUCCAAUUAGAUUUCAAGGUUUGA